GCCUGUCCAGCGCCCCGCCUUUGAACAUUUAGAGAUUUAGAGUUUAGCUUCGGAAUCAUGCCGCGCGCCAUCCUUUCCAGCUCGUCGGCAACGACCGUGGCACAGCAAUUGUCUGAUUUGCUGCAAUGCUUUCCCGCCGCGGCCAUUGGCGGCGUGCAAUGGAAAACGCUCCUGCAAAAGUACGAGGAGCGCUACAGCACACGCCUGGACAUCUUUUCACUGGGCCAUGAGACCCCGCUGGCUGCAAGCACCAUGCUCCUUUUUGAUGUUCUGCGUCUGGUGAACUCGGAAGAUGGCGACAAUCCCAUUGUGGCGGUCGAGGAUGAAGUAGCUCUUGUGCCCAAGCCCGGCAGCGCCUCGAGUUGGCCUUCGCUAUACCAGGUGCUGUGCACGGUGGUUCGGGAGAAUGGCACCGUAGAUGAGGAGGGAGGCCAGGCGAUCUUGGUGUCGCAGUUGAAGCCGUUGUUGCAGCGCAUGUGGCACAACACCUUCGAUGAGGCGAGCUUUGGGUACCUGACGGAGGAGGGUUCUUCCGUGAAAAUGAGGAAGAUGAAGCACCUGCUGCAGGCUCUGCUGCGGUGGCGGAGCCAGCGCCUGGAGUGGAACGGUAGGAGCUGCCGUGCUAUGGAUGAAGCCCUGAGGCAGGAGCUCGAGCUCGUGCCAUCGAAGCGUCACAACGACCUGCUGCUACGCUUCGUGUCGAAGGUGGAUGCGCCGCUUUGUGCCAGCGAGGUGUGCAUAUGCCCCACGGUCUCCACGGACGACGAUGCCGCAGAAGUGUCGCUGGAGAUCUCCUCGCGGGCUUCUACGAUGUCAUCUGCAGUGCAAGAGGAACUGGCUGCGCUGCGGGCGGAGAAUGAAAAGCUGCGAUGCAGGAACAACAUGCUGGAGAGCACCGUCAGCUAUCAGGACAACUUCAUCACCGCCCAGCUGCCGGAGAAUCUCUUCGACAAUCCUUACGAGCCUCCGCCGCAGGUCUGGCACAGUGCCUCAGCCUCGCCGACUGCUUCCACGGUGUCUCAUAGUGGCUUCAGCGGCAGCGAGAGUGGCACGCCGAUGGGUUCUGGCCACGUGACUCCGGUGCCGCUGCAAGUGGGGCAUCCCAUCACUCUGGUGCCCAUGGGUUGGUUCAUGGGUGACCGGGGCAUCAUUCCGUGCGGCCUCGUGCAGCAGGCCCGCGCCGUGUUUGAGCAGCACCGGGCGAUUCCCAACUGGUUCUGUUCGCAGCAACAGUGACGGCCUCAGUGCUUUGAUCACAAUCAAUGUGCCACGCCCAGACCUUGAACAAUGACACGAGGUGAGUGAGGAAAGUCGUCGAAGUCACAGCGCGGCCAGAAUCAGUGUUGAAAGGAACGGUGAACAGCACUACAAAAGUGGACUUCCCUCCUUCCUGUGGGGCAGGCGAAAAGGCA